AGAUCCUAUAAUUAAAAUGGCUCCACAACGCAGCAACAAUAGCAACGAGGACUUCGUUACUGCAGAAGAAAUGGAGCUCCUGAAGCAAGCUCUAAGUGCAUCAAAGAAGUAUAUGGCUCCGACCGCGGAGGAGCAAGAAAAAACCGACGCUAGAUCGGUUUAUGUCGGAAAUGUUGACUGGAAAUCGACAGUUUCAGAAAUUGAGGAGCAUUUUGCAGUUUGUGGAAAAGUUGCUCGAGUGACUAUCCCAAAAGAUAAAUUCACUGGGUAUCAGAAAAACUUUGCCUUUGUGGAGUUUCAAAAGUUGGAGAGCGUUCAAUUGGCUCUAGUGUUGUCUGGAACAAUGUUCCGUAACCGAAAAAUCAUGGUGACCCUCAAAAGGACAAAUAAACCAGGAAUGGGAAGAACUGCUACUGCACAAAAACCAGCUCAUUUUGCAAAGAGCUCACAUGGCAAACCCGGCUCACAUCAAGGAGUCACUGUAGUCAAGUACGUGUAUGUGAAUGCUCCGAUCAAUGGCUCGCGUUCAAAGAGAUUCGCUCCCUAUUAAUAAUUUUAGGAACAAUUUCUUGCUUUAAAUUUUGAUUUUCCUGUGCCUUUUCUCCUGUAUUUUCAUUUUCAAAAACUCCGUGAUUCCUUGAAAACGAUUCUUGCGGUAUCUUUUUGUAACUUUUUUCUGUAAUUCGAAACGUGUAAUAUAUUAUAAUAAAUCUUUUUCAAAU